UCGCGUGGCCGUGCGCUGAGCGGAGGCGGCUCGCGAGCGAUGCUGUGCUGAGGGACCCGAGCUAAACACAUAAAUAAACACCUAUUUUACCUCAGAUAGACGGAGAAUUAGGCUAAUAAUGGUAGUUUAUAGAGAUACAUUAAAAAUAGGCGGGAGAUCCGGCGAGGCUCGCUGAAUGGCUGCUGUUUCCUCACAGCUGCUCGGUUUAUCAGAGAGACAUGCCUUUAGACGCCUCCUGUCUCUGAGCGGAGGGACAGGGAUCCGGAAUCCGCUCUAAACUAAACGGGGGACACGAGAAGAACCGCCGCUAAUGAACCAGCAUGAGUUUCGACUCGGCGAGCUGCUCUGAGGUACCGUGAACCUGUGAACGGGGGGCAGUUAGUUAACUACCCGGGGGAGCCAAGAGCCGCGGGCUGCUGGGGGGCAACUCUUCUUCCUAUAGUAAUCUUCACAGACUCGCAGAGCGAGUCUGUGAGCUGUGCCGUCUGGGACACUGUCUGCCCCAUUGUCAUCGGACGUCAUGAGCUGGAGCUUCCUAACGCGUCUGCUGGAGGAGAUCCAGAACCACUCCACGCCGGUGGGGAAACUCUGGCUCACCACUCUGGUCGUCUUCCGUAUCGUGCUUACGGUGGUGGGCGGCGAGUCCAUCUACUACGAUGAGCAGAGCAAGUUUGUUUGCAACUCGGGGCAGCCGGGAUGCGAGAAUGUCUGCUACGAUGCCUUUGCACCUCUAUCGCAUGUACGUUUCUGGGUCUUCCAGAUCAUCCUGUCCUCCAUGCCCUCCCUUCUCUACAUGGGUUACGCAGCCAACAAGAUCUCACACAACGAGGACGCUCGAGGGACUGGUGGUGGAGCUCCGGUUGAGAGCGGAACAGGGGGCGGUUACACACAGCGGAGGCCCAGGAAGAUGUACUUCGGGGCGCGGCAACAUCGGCCAGGACAUGAGGAUGGAGAGGAGGAGCGAGAAGAUGAUCCUAUGAUCUACGAGGUUCCAGAGAUAGACAACAACCGGAGAGAACUGGUGCCCCCUCGCCCUAAGCCCAAGAAGCGUCACGAUGGGCGGAGGCGAAUUCGUGACGAUGGACUGAUGCACGUCUAUGUACUGCAGCUGCUAAUUCGUUCUGUUCUGGAAGCAGGCUUUCUUGCUGGGCAGUACCUGCUGUACGGCUUUAAGGUGGUGCCUAUUUUCGUGUGCACGGGUGAGCCUUGCCCGCACAAGGUGGACUGCUUUGUUUCACGACCCACAGAGAAGACCAUCUUCCUGCGCAUCAUGUAUGGUGUCAGCUGCCUCUGUCUGCUCCUCAACAUGUGGGAGAUGUUCCACCUGGGAGCAGGGGCCAUCAAGGAUGCCCUGCGCAAGCGCAGUUCCACAGGAGCGGAGGAUGAAUACCAGCUUGGCCUUCUGGGGCCUGGAGGUGUGUCUGUUGGAGUGGGUGGGCCAGCGCUCAGCGAAGGAGAAACCACAGACGAUGUCGGGGGCGCAGUCAGGGAAGCGGACUAUGUGGGUUACCCCUUCUCCUGGAAUGCGCCUUCUGCGCCGCCAGGUUAUAACAUAGUGGUGAAGCCAGAAUCCAUGCCGUACACGGACCUCAGCAACGCCAAGAUGGCGUGCAAGCAGAACCGUGCCAACAUUGCACAGGAGGAGCAGCAGCAGUACGGGUCCAACGAGGACAACUUUCCUUCUGCUGGCGACGCCCGGCCUCCGCCGAUUAACAAGGAUGUCAUCCAGCUAGAGGCCGCCAUUCAGGCUUACACCCUUCAACACCAUGCCAACAAUAAUGAUGACGACAUGCAUGACAACCCCGAUAAUGAGGAUAAGCCACAGAGUAACAUCCCACCUGCCCCUCAGAAAGAGCGCAAACAUCGACUUAAGCACGGCAAAGCAGGCAGUGCAGGGAGCACUAGCAGCAGCAGCAAGUCUGGAGAGGGAAAACCUUCCGUAUGGAUCUGAUGCUGUACGUGUGCCAAACUUCCAUAUACACUGAUGAAGCAUAAUAUUAUAACCACCCAUACUUUACAACAUACCAUACAUUUUUACAUACUGUAGUCCAUUUGUUUCUCGGUGUACUUCAUUUUCCUCCUUUCACCUUGUGACUUCUUCAAUGAUCAAGAAGUGUCUACCUAGUGUAAUAGAGUGAACAGUGCGAUAUAGCACUGCUGUAUCUAAACCACUUAGGAUACUUUGUGGUCAUGCCUAAUGAAAAACAAUGUGAAAGGAAGAUAUAAUAAAGUAUGCAGAGAAAUGGAUUAAGGACUGCAGAACUACAAAAGCCCUAUCCGGACAGGAUUAGUUUCUCAGGGGUCCUGGGGUAAUUUUCUCUUUUAUGGGGGGGUCCUCUAUGAUUUUAUUCUAGCCCGGAACGACUGUGUUUGUUGUUUUUCUCAGACGUGAAAAUAAAAGGCAGAAUAACCUACUGUUUUUCGCUGAACCCCGUGAUCGUAAAGUAAUUUUAAUUCCGUCUGGACUCACAUCUCUAAGUUUCAUAACCUCACGUUUAAUAAAAUAGCAAUUUUCCACUGCUACGCACCGUAAUUACACUUUGGGCGUGCAUUUCCAUGGAGAUGCAAGUAAACACAACAGUGAGUGGAAAUGGAGGAGCUACUGAAUGUGAUGUCAUGUGAGAGAAAGUCUAAAAACUCACUGGUCCUCCUGUUUUUUCAAUUGCGUCCGGAUGCAGGAGUUUUACCACUGAGUAGAAGUGUGAAAUAAUUUCACGGACGUCCUCUUAAAAAGAACUAAUCCUGUCUGGAUAGGGCUAAAGGCUCUUCAGUGGUCAGUGGAGCUAAGAAAAUGUAUAAUGGGUUCCUAAUGUUAUGCUUUAUUGGUGUAUAUUGGUAUAUUUUUCUUUUAUCUCUUUGAUAAAUGUUGGGCAUUGACUUAAACACACUGACACUAACAAGGCAUUUGGAGUUUUCGAAGCAAGCACCUUUUGUGCCUUAAAAUCCAAGAAAGUGGAAGUGUACUUUUGACUGAAACUCCCAAAUAUCUCUUUCUGACUUUUCUGAAACCUUGCUCCGGUCUUCCUGUUCUUUAAAACUUUUAACUGUGAACUAUUCAGGCUGUCUUUAUCUCAGCCACAGUCCAUAAAAAUGUAUCGCAAGAACACGUGACUUUGGUGACAACAGUUCGAGACGCUGUGACAUCACUUCUGAAGGGUGAUGAAGGCACAUUCCAAUUCCAAACCAGCCAUCUUCCUAACUUCACUUUAGUGACAACAGUGACAAAUUCUACAAUGCCACGUGUUAUAAUACCGUAACGUCACCACUCUGUAAAUGAGAACGGGUCUUCUUAUUCUUAUUCUACACCAACUCUUUCAGUUGCGCACUGGCUUUUUUUUUUUUUUUUUCAGACCAGUGUCUGCGCUCCUACCACACUGUUCACUGUGAGUCAAGCAUUACUGUUCCUCUUUUCUUAUACUGCCCUCUUCUGUUCCUAAGUAGCUAUUUCAGUCCAGCCAGCUGUACAGUUGUGCAAGCCAACAGAGCAGCUAGAAGGGGUUGAGUGAUCUAAUCUGUUAAAGUAGUUUUUAGUGGUUCAGUAGGUGUGUGGAAUUCUUCGAGGAUUACAGAUGCCAAAACAUCUGGUCACUUAGAGCAGGGCUGCUUAAACUAAGGCCCACAAGGACUGUCGAUUUGGCCUGCUAGAGAGUUCCUUCAGGAAUUCGUCCAAUUGUGAACAGAAAAAAAAAGCAUAUCGCUGCUGUCGCACAAAAAAACUUUUUUUUUUAAAUCUGGCAAGGGUCCUCUAUAUCCUCUAUAACUGACCAAUAGAAAUACUUGAAAUUUCUGACUUCCAUUUAAGUUUCUAUCUAUCUAGUUUUAAAGUACACAUUUUAAUGUAACAGGCUGUUGUUCCCUUAAUAUACAAUUUUUAAAAAAUGCACCAAGUCACUUUUAGGGUAAAUGGACUUUUCAUAAAUUCCAGCUUAUGAGAUUUAAACUGUUAAAAAGGAACACAACAGCCUUUGCAGUCGCAGAAACCAUGUACAGUAAUUGUCGUCGAAACAUUAGUUAAAAAAACAUACCAGUUUUAGCAUGUACCGUACAUCAGGGCAAUUCUAGGAUCGGGGUUACAGCACCACAACCCUCCCUUAAAAAAAAUAAAUGAAUUUGGGUUCCCUGACGGGUUGUCAAAAAGGGCUAGUGAUGCCCCUGCUGUACAUGCUCACAGAUAACUGUUAGUUCACUGUAGUUAGCAUUAGCUAUUUUACUAAGCUUUACCCAUAAAACCACUAAAAUUACUUCAGAAAAUGAAAUGGCUUUUAUUUUAGUGCAGACAGUAUUAAUCAAAGAUAUUUAAUAUUUUGUCUGGUUAUUUACCUACUUUGGCAAACCCUUGUUUCACAAGGGCAACAUUCACAAAUGACACUCUUUUCUUUAGUAUUGAAAAAAAUGGAUGUUGUGACAGACUCAGAAUACCCCAAAUUAUUUUAUGUUAUGGGGUUGUGAUAGUUCUGAGAUAAAGUACCGUAUUGACUGGACAAAAUGUGAAAUAUCUUGGGUUUCUGCUGUCUGUGAAGAAAUAAAAGUCUAAAUAAAUGUAAAGACAGUAAGUCUAUCAGCCAGUUCGAACACUUACACUUUUCCCCUAAAUCACAACAGACAGUUUGGGCACCCCUGCUCUAGAGACACUGCAAUUUUUUUAUAUAUAUAAAAUGAUGCAUGCCUACAUACUGUGCAUAUGAGGGACUAUUUUUUUAGAGUCAUACACUGUGGUUAAAAAUCUUCCAUUCUGUAUCUUACUGUCACAUUCCACUCUUUCUUGAGCUACAAAUAAUUUUUCUUUUUUGAUUUUUUCUUUUUUUUUUUCUUUGCUGGACGUUACGGUGCAACAAAGCAAUCGCUGUGGGAGACCAAAUACUGUUUGCCGCCAUGGAGACUCUGUGCUGCUAUGCAUUCUUAUGCUGUCCACAGAGAACAGGCCAUAGAACUCCUGAGUGUGUGUUUGUUACCUUUAUUUGUGGUGCAGCGCAAGAGAUGGAGAGGAUGGAGAUAAACCCUUUAUAUUUCAGCAAUACUUUUUCUACUGAUGAUUGUGGAUUUGGGGGUAUUGUUAAUACAGACAAGACUUGCAUUUUUCCAAAAAUUUGUGUCGUUUUUUUUUUUAUCAGAAUUUUUUUAUAUGUGAAUAUUGAAUAUUGAAUUCAGUCCGAUGUUGACCAUAUCGUUUGGUUAAGGCAGAUUGUUUUGUAGGGUUUUAUCAUUUCAUUGCCUUUGAAUUGUAACACAAAAAAACAGCAAGGAAUUAAGCCUUUUCGUAGUAUGUAGCUUUAAAUGAUUAAUGAGAAAUACAUUCGUUUCCUAGUGUUUAGUUAGUGGAGUGUGUCCCUUGUGUGCUGUCAGAGUGGCUUUUUUGUUCAUUUGCACUAUGUGAGAAUGUGAAGAAAAAAAAACAAUAGCGAUGGGAAAUGUCCAAACUGUGUUGGAGAAACUCCAACUGAAGAGAUUCUCUGAGGUGUGUUUAUUUUUAAGGGUGUUUUUAAGGGAGUGGGUACGACUGGUACGGUUCUGAGAAACCAUUGGUACUGAGAAAGUGUGAAAGUGGUCCAGAGCACCGAUCACGGGUCCUCCUGAAAUCUGUCAUCUGAAGGUAUAGGUGCUUUAGGUAGACUUUAGGUGGACAGGUGUGGAAGUUUACCACUCCUGGUGCUGAUUGUGGGGUCAAGUGAUUGGUUCAUUUUGUAACAUGAUUACUUAGACUUAUCGCACUACCUAACAUUUCUGUCAGUGUAGGUCUCGUAAACCCACACUUUUUAAUUGGACUAGAGUGAGGUUACUGCAAUAAGCUCACCUCCAUGGAGAUGUGGACAGCAUGGAUAAACAUCAUGGAUCUUCUCAUACAGGAAAGGCUGCUUGUUUGGAGGAGCUCCUGCACAGUGAAAUGCCAUGCAAACACACUGUUCAUCAUCACUUGAGUGUUUAUAUCCAAGCUUAAUUCUAAAAAGCACCAAAUGAUGCACAGGUUUACAGAUUUGUGUGUAUUACAUCAAUCCACAGUUCAGAAAGAGUUCUUGUGUGUAAAAAAUUUCUAAGGAAUGAAAAAAUUCAUAAAGAACUUCGAACGUAUCCUCAAGUGCAGUUGCAAAGACCAUCAAAAAUGUUAUGAUGUAACUGGCUCUCAUCAGGGCCACAUCCAAGACAAAGUUACAAAGGAUAAGUUCACCAGAGUUACCAGCCUCAGAAACCGCAAGUUAACAACACUCCAGAUAAGAGCCUUCAAAAUGCUUUACAGAAUAUUUUGGUUUGUUUAAUACUUUUAAGUUACUUUAGAUUCUUUAUGUGUUUCUUCAUAGUCUGGAUGACUCCAGUAUUCAUUUACAAAGUAGGAAAUUUGAAUGAGAAGGUGUUUACAAACUUUUGACUUUUACUGUAAGUUCGCACCAAACAGACAAGAACUCUUCCCGAACUGGCAGCUGUCAUUUUCAAGCACUUAUAAUUCAGAAAGCUAAGUUUAUUUCAGUACCGUCUAUUCAAUCCUAUGAAAUUGUGGCAUUUUAGGGAUAUACAGAACGAAAGAGACAUACAGUAAUGUGAUCAUUUCGAAACAAUCACGUUACAAAAUUAACUAGUGAACCAAUAACACAACCGCACAUGCAGCAACAGGAGCGGUUCCAGGAGCUUCCACACCUGCAGGGGUCUGAACCAGAGUCUGCUUGAAGCAAAACACAAACCACCAAUUUUAAGAGGGACUGAGAUCGGAGCUCUGAAUCACUCUCAGGCCCAAAACAGCUUUCACACUACAGAGUCUGGAUUAUUUUAAAAAAUAUCGCCUAUUUUUAGGGGGGGACAAGUGGGAAAAAGCACUAAGGAUGGAUGUGUGUUGGGAGGUGGGUGGGGGAUGUUAGUGGAGCAUGGAAAUAAUGUAAGGGUGUUUUGUUUUGUUUUUUGGAGCAGCUGAACACCAGGGAGAGGAGGACCAGAUGACAGAGCUCUGUGGCUACCAGUGUGAGACAGGAAGUGUGUGUGUGUGUUUACAUGUGCUUUGGUCCUCGGUCAUGAUGAACUUCCUUAAAUUACUUUUUCCCCUUUUUCUUUCUUUAUUCUGUGUGUGUGUGUGUGUGUGGUACCUGAUGUACUGCUCGGCAAGCACAUCUGCCCAGCAGGUUCACUACCAGAGCUGAUGGCACUGUACACUCUCAUUACUCCACUAAGAGUGUAUGUUCCUGUGCCUGUCUAAUGUGUGUUCAUUACUGUCUCCCUGGAGAACUGCAGAAUACAGCCUAAAAUGACCGUCCGUUUAAUAUCAUUCUUUAACCCGUUUCUUGGUACCUUUUCUACAGUGUUUCUCCUCUGUACAGUUCAGUAAGAAAAAAAAGUUUGUUCUCUUACAAAUAAGAGGAAAAAUAGUUUUUGGUUUCGUUUGCUGGAGACCCCAGCGAUAUGUGCUUAUUUCCAUUUUUUGGAAACCCUGUCUUUAUGGAUUUGAUGAAAAUGCAUGUUUGAGAGCUAUUUUAUUAAUAAAAGUGAAUAAAC